CGCCGCAUAGACAAUGCACCAUCCCAUACAGGAAACGUUAUAAACGAACGACCCGAACCCGAAGACUCGAGACGUGAACUAAUCAUAUCUGUUUCCGGGGAACAGACGUGACAAAUGUGAGGUGACAAAAGAAAGAACGACUCGGACCAGGAGGUGAACCAACAGACUGCAUAGCCUGAAGACCUAAUGCUAAGCUAUUAAUUAAUCAUUUCUGUUUCUCAUAAUUCGGCCUUGGUUGCAUUAGCCUAUAGUUUAUUUUAUAGUUUAUUAAGUACUAGAUGUGUCGGGGAAUUUAACAUGUAACAUUUUAAUUAUAUUCUGCUGAAAUGAACGAAAUGACUCGAAAAGAGAUUCGUUCAUUUUGCUGAACGAGAUUCAAAGAUCCGAGUCAGUAAAAUGAUCCGAACUUCGCAUCACUACUUCCCAGAAUAUCAUAAAGAGAGCGUGCUGUCCCGGAUGAUGCUCUCCCGGAUGAUGCUCUCUGAUUGGUGGAGAGCGUGCGGUCCCGUCUGCUGCUGUCUGAUUGGUGGAGAGCGUGCUGUCCCGGCUGCUGCUCUCUGAUUGGUGGAGAGCGUGUCCCGACUCCUGUUCUCUGAUUGGCGGACAUUUUUGCGGUUCCGGCUGUAGUUGGCGCGAACGUGCACGGCAGCGCGAGACAAAGAGCAUCCUGCACUCGUCAAUGUGGAGUCUCCGUUAUCGGACUGUAGGUGUGUAAUUACGACUGACUGACUCACUCGGCAUGGCUGAUAAAGAAGCUGCUUUUGAUGAUGCAGUUGAGGAGAGGGUGAUCAAUGAAGAGUACAAGAUAUGGAAGAAAAACACACCUUUCCUCUACGACCUGGUGAUGACCCAUGCGCUCGAGUGGCCCAGUCUCACAGCACAGUGGCUCCCUGAUGUCACCAGGCCUGAGGGGAAAGAUUACAGUGUCCACCGGCUGGUCCUCGGCACCCACACCUCCGAUGAGCAAAACCACCUGGUCAUUGCCAGUGUUCAGCUGCCCAAUGAUGAUGCCCAGUUCGAUGCCUCGCAUUACGACAGUGAGAAAGGGGAGUUUGGUGGCUUCGGAUCAGUGAGUGGCAAGAUUGAGAUUGAGAUUAAGAUUAACCAUGAAGGAGAAGUGAACCGGGCCCGCUACAUGCCUCAGAACCCCUGCAUCAUUGCUACCAAGACUCCAACCAGUGAUGUGCUGGUCUUUGAUUACACCAAACACCCAUCCAAACCAGACCCCUCUGGGGAAUGCACUCCUGACCUACGAUUGAGAGGACAUCAGAAAGAGGGCUAUGGUCUGUCCUGGAACCCCAACUUAAGCGGCUGCCUGCUCAGUGCCUCUGAUGAUCAUACGAUCUGUUUGUGGGACAUCAGCACAGUACCCAAGGAAGGGAAGAUAGUUGAUGCUAAGACCAUUUUCACUGGUCACACUGCUGUGGUGGAGGAUGUGUCCUGGCAUCUUCUGCAUGAAUCACUCUUUGGAUCAGUAGCAGAUGACCAGAAGCUGAUGAUUUGGGAUACACGCUCCAACAACACCUCCAAGCCUAGUCAUGCAGUGGAUGCACACACUGCAGAGGUCAAUUGCCUCUCGUUCAAUCCUUACAGUGAGUUCAUCCUGGCUACUGGAUCUGCUGACAAGACUGUUGCCUUGUGGGACCUCAGGAACCUUAAAUUGAAGCUGCAUUCAUUUGAGUCCCACAAAGACGAAAUAUUCCAGGUUCAGUGGUCACCUCAUAACGAGACCAUCCUGGCCUCCAGUGGAACAGACAGACGUCUCAAUGUUUGGGACCUCAGUAAAAUUGGCGAGGAACAGUCACCAGAAGAUGCAGAAGAUGGGCCUCCUGAAUUGCUGUUCAUCCAUGGUGGGCACACAGCGAAGAUCUCUGACUUCUCCUGGAACCCCAAUGAGCCGUGGGUGAUCUGCUCUGUGUCUGAGGACAACAUCAUGCAAGUCUGGCAGAUGGCGGAGAACAUCUACAACGAUGAGGACCCUGAAGGAGCAGCAGACACGGAGGUCCAGGGAUGAAGGACAAUGUAGAACUUUCAGCCUCCACCACAUCCCACUGUCUCACAUGACCAUGCUCUUUCCUGUUUUCUGAAGUGGUGAACUGCAUCAGUCGCAUCUUCAGCCACUCUCAUGUACUCAAAAUGACGUUUUCUUGAGAGAAAGGGAAAAAAAAUGACUCAAAGUAUUUCUCUUUAAUAUGAAAAGUGUAUUUUUCUAAGAGAAAUUGGUUGCUCUUAAUUUUUAAUACGGCACAUUAAAGCUCUGAUCCUUUUUUAAUGUUUCUCCCAUAGCCUUCACGUUCUAAGGGAUUGUCUUGGGUAAAAGGAUGUAAAAGUAAAAACAAAAAAUGCUUAGGCCCACGUGCUUAAUUAUCAUGGUCAAAUUGUGGUGUAUCUUCAGUAGGUGACUUAAUUUUAGAUUUAUUUUUACACGGCUGAAAAUCAAGUCAUUCAAGCAAAUGUUACCGUGGGUCCACAGGGUGACUUGUGUACUCUUAAUUUUGUACUUUUCCUCAACAAUGGUCUGUCAUGUUAUUGUCUUUAAUAUUCUAAAAUCAUUGUGUUUUUUCAGUGUCUUUCUUUAUGUCCACACUGUUGUACAGAACAUUGAGAAUAAACUGUUUUCCGUCAAA